AUGGAACCAAACUGCGUCAGUUACAACUUUAACAGAGACGCAAGGAAAUGUGAGCUAAAUAAUUCCACUUCAAGAGACGGAAAGAAAAAGAUGGAGACAAAUCCUGAUUAUAUAUACGUUGCUAAGGUACAAAUUGUCUGUUUACUUAUGGGAAAUAAGCUGUCAGUCAAGUCACCCAUUAAGGAAGUAUUGUAACCUGCGACCAAGCUCUCCAUUUGAGGAUAUCGUGAAAAAUAGACCCACAAAAGGCACGCGAGAGAAGACUCGAAAGCGGCCCCUCGGCCCCUCGCGGCUUCGCCGCCCAAAUAGGAGAGCUUGCUCGCAGGCUAGAACUAUUGAUGGAUGUCUGUUUUCUUUUAAUGUCCCAGAACGCCUGUGAGAAUAAACCCUGCAAGAACAAAGCAACCUGUCAAACAGGCUUUACAGGCAAAGACUACCGCUGUUUGUGUACUAUGGGAUUUGACGGAGAUCACUGUGAGAACGGUAAGUCAAAGCUGGGGCAACUUUGAUUUACCAGAUUUCACUUUUCUUACAAAAUACGCUGGACGGUACAAUUUUUGCCCAAAAUAAUCUACGAAAAUUAAGACUCAAAGGCAUAACUUUAAUUAUUGCCGUUUUUAAGCGAUUUUUCUCAAAUAUCCCCCACGAUUUCAAGUUUUAGUUCAGUUUCUACUCGUUCAUGGUUACUCGGAAUAUUUUUUUGAGUUUUCAUGUCAGUAUUACCGUAAAUCCUCUAUUAAACCCCCCUCUCAAAUACUCCCCCCCUCUCUAAUAAGCCCACCCUUAUCAGAGGAGGACAGUCAGUAAAGUCAGGAAGUCAGUAAGCCCCCCUCCCCCUCCCCUCCAUUCUUCACAAACAAUCAACGUGGACUGAUCAGUUAUGGUUUAUUCAGGCUGGAAAUUCAUAUUGUUUUUGGUCUUCGGCCGCAUGACCUCCAACCUCACGUGCUUAACUUUUUCAACUUUACGCUCUAGUUCUCUGUGGAGAAUUGUUACCACUUUCUUAUUGUUAGAAAAAGCAGUAUAUAACGCCCGGGAGCAACAAGUCCGUCCUCGAGAAACCCUGCGCCCGUUGAUGCGUUUCGCUAAAUUAGAUAAGCCCACUCGUCUCUUUUAACCCCCCCCACUCAAAAGUGCUUGAAAAAAAAAGCCCCCCCCCCCGGGGGUUUUAAUAGCGGAUUUACGGUAGUUGAGAUAACAUAUUAAUAAAAUAAAUGUUUCGAACUUUCAUGGUAUCAUAUCCACAAAGUGGUUCUUUGUCUACCAUAGGCUAUUGGAAUUGAAAAAUGUUGGUAUAUGGCCAUCUUCAACCUGAGUCCUCUGGUUUUUUUUUUGUUUGUUUUGUUUUCUGUUUGGAAUAGGUUUUGAGAUUUUGUCUUACAUCAAGAAGGCUUCAGCCAACCAUUUUUUCGUCUGAUUAAUAUAACCAUGCAUUAAUCAUAGACUGUUUUUAUAGACAUUGACGAAUGUGCAAAAAAUACCCGGGGGGACACGUGCGAUGCUAACGCUUACUGCAAUAAUACCAAGGGAGGAUACAACUGCACUUGUCAUCCGGGAUAUUACGGAGAUGGAAAGAACUGUGAACCAGGUGAGUUGGAAGGCUUUGUAUCCACUUAGAAAAAAUUAUGUUUUUGUUUUCAGUGCAUGCGACGGUCAGUAUUUGUCGUUAUUUCUUUCAAAACGAACAAUGUAUAUAAUUCAAAAACAAUUACCGACUAGAUUCGGUUUUGUGGUAUCCGGAAUAACUAAAGUCUUGGUAAUUUUGACUUACACAAAAACGUCAUCAAAUAAUUCUUUUAGCCAACAGUACCUUUAAAUCCUACCAAUCCAAAAAGCACAAAGUAAUGGCCUGUAUAUAUGUUUGCAUGACGAUUAUUUAUAUAAAUUAGAAAAUGGACGAAGACAGUAGGCGUAUUCCUUAAACAAUAAGUGUUUGGAAAGCAUCAGCGCAAGCAUUUUAUUUGUCGCGAGGAAUCAAUAGUAUAAGUAUCCAUAAAAAGUUCUUAAAGUAAUAAUUGAAAAAAGACAAAAAAAAAGUGAACAUAUAAUUCGAAAAAAAAUUGCUAUCGCAGAGAACGGGGCUACUCUUCAGUUGAUUGAGAGGAAUUAUUGUUUUUUUUUCCUGGAAUAGAGGAAUCCACGCCCCUAGUUGCAUCAGCAUCGAUCCCAUGUGCUUCUGGGUGCGUGGAGCUGGCUAUUAGAGACCUUUAGAUUAUGAAGAGGACCACAGGUAACCCAGGCUCUGUGAUAGUACCACAGUACGGUUCCAGUAAAAUUACAGUGUUUGUAUGGGGUAAAAAUAUCAUCCUAAAAUUUUUAGGAAAUACUGAAUAAAGAUCAAUAAAACUUACUCUGCAGUUAAUUGUUGUUGUCCUUAUUGCUCCAACGCAGUUUCGUGAUAAUUUGCAGUAAUUUGUUUAAAUUCACUCUAUCUACAAUAAUAAUAUACAAGGUAGGAAACACGAGGUGCCAUUUUCGCCGACAUGCUCUCAUUCAACACAACUUUUUCCACGAAAUUCGAACUCCAACGGAAAAUAAAUAUGCCAGGAUCGUAGAAAUAGGAUAGUAGCAGAUAUAGAAACCAAUGAAGCUUUCCCAGAUAGAGAAACGAAUCCCACAGACUUUGACAAACACGAAGAAUAUAAUCCAAACAGACCGACAAUAUGCUCGCCGAAGCAGCCGGGCCAGAUCAACACGCUGCCAAGAAAAUGAGGCCUGGGCACUGUACAAAAAAAUUCCAUCCCGGGAGUCCUGGGGUGACCUUUCUAGGGACCGAUACAUCAUUUGCCCAAAGCCACCCUCUCCUGCUGAAAAAACACUUGAUAGAAGGCAAUUGUUCUUCCUAGCCGUACCACCCUGGCCUGUUAUAAAGAGAUUAUGUCCGUCUCGAACUAUAUUCAUACUGAGACGAAUGUGAGACGAAUGUGAAAGGCACGUGCACCAGUAAACAAAGAACUAGCGUGAUUAACAUAUUUGGCGAUUAAUGCGGCAGUAACACGCCGACUUCUUGUCAAUACAAGUGAACGCUCUAUCGGUUAAAUAUGUGAAUCAUCGUGAUACACCCCUCUUUGAAUUUGGUCCUGUUGUACAAAUGCCUCGGUAAGAGCCAAAAUUCACUUAUAUCUUUUGCUCGUUUUAAGUUUUGUAAAUCCUCCUUCGUUGUCCUUUCCUUUGCCCUUAUAACCUUGCCCUAUUGAUGUUUGAUAAACUUUCUGAGGACCAGCGCCAGGCGCUGAAUAUAGUUCGAGAGGGACAUAAUCUCUUUAUAACAGGCCAGGGUGGUACGGCUAGGAAGAACAAUUGCCUUCUAUUAAGUAUUUUUUCAGCAGGGUAGGGUGGCUUUGGGCAAAUGAUGUAUCGGUGCCCAGAAAGGUCACCUCAGGACUCCCGGGAUGAUUUUUUUUUGUACAGUGCCCAGGCCUCAUUUUCUUGGCAGCGUGUUGAUCUGGCCCGGCUGCUUCGGCGAGCAUAUUCUCGGUCUGUUUGGAUUAUAUUCUUCGAGUUUGUCAAAGUCUGUGGGAUUCGUUUCUCUAUCUGGGAAAGCUUCAUUGGUUUCUAUAUAUCUGCUGCUAUCCUAUUUCUACGAUCCUGGCAUGUUUAUUUUCCGUUUGAGUUCGAAUUUCGUGGAAAAAAGUUGUGUUGAAUGAGAGCAUGUCGGCGAAAAUGGCACCUCGUGUUUCCUACCUUGUAUAUUAUUAUUGUAGCUAGAGUGAAUUUAAACAAAUUACUGCAAAUUAUCACGAAACUGCGUUGGAGCAAUAAGGACAACAACAAUUAACUGCAGAGUAAGUUUUAUUGAUCUUUAUUUAGUAUUUCCUAGAAAUUUUAGGAUGAUAUUUUUACCCCAUACAAACACUGUAAUUUACUGGAACCGUACUGUGGUACUAUCACAGAGCCUGGGUUACCUAUGAGAGGACCACUUUCUUAGGGUUAAUUAAGUAGUGCACGCGCGUGAUCGAACCAGGGUCGUUUUGGCGGGGAAGCGAGGUAGCCGUCGUAAUUAUACUACGAGUUUUAGCAAGAAUGCCGUAGUGACGGAAACAACUUCAACUGUUUGAAGUUUUAUCAUAAUUGUGUUCGGGAGAUCUAUGGUUUAACCUCCUUCAAUAAAAAAACCGUGCUAACCCUUUUGGUAAAAAAAAGAUACAACGAAACUUUCGGGGGUGUCGAUUUUUUGAGAAUAUGAGGAAAACUUUAAAUCAUCUCUCCCUCGUAGUCGUCGUCCUCGAAAUUCCACAAAAUCCUAGGGUUGAUAUUUUUUUAAGACAAGAGAAGGCCUUAAAGGAUUCAAAACGGCGCCUUUUUUUUUUUGUUCCAUGAAAUGUUUACACUACUGUUUAUUCAACUUGAGUAGAAGAGACCGUGUUGUGAACUCGGCGAUCCUAACUUGAAAAUCUUUGCCCAGAAAUCGAAUUUUUUUUUAUGCCAAACAAAAAUGAAAGUAAAUGUCGAAUAAAUUGCGACAGAUUCUGUCGAGUUUGGCGUUUUUGUAGCACCAAAUUUAAACUGCUGUACCAAAUUGAUUCAGGAGCUGAUCUUUUGCCGUACUUAAUUUUUAUCGGUCAUGACAGGUUCGGCACAUGAUUGGAGCGGCGUCUGAACCGGGCCUUUAAGUGCUGAACCAGUCGAAUUUAUCAUGUCAAUGAAAGUCAUACUGGUAUCAUGUAAACAGCCUCUAUAUGUCUCAUGUCAGGGUUGUACAUGACCAUUUGGAUAUACAAGGACUCGCACGUUAUUUAUUGCUUAUUCAUUCAUUUAUUAAGGCAUCUCUAUUCAUUACAUCAUUUGUUUUAUUUUGUAACACAGUUUCAUCGUGUAAAGUCCUUUUCCACAAGAAAAUGUGAGUAAAAGCCACAAAUUGUUUAUUUUAUGGUUAUCACUAUGUAAAACGUCGAAAUAAACAUCUGUUGUCGUAGAAAAAUUGACUUUAGUGCAACAAUCGUCAUGUUUAAUAAUGUAAUGACUCAUGCACUUCUCUUCAAGAAGCAUGAUUUGCAAUCCCCUCUUAGAAAUUCUAGCUUAAUUUGCCUCUAACAUUAUUUGAAAUUUGUGGCCAGAAUAAAGAAAACUCCAUCUGAGGACAUGCAGCCUAACCUAUAACACCUCUCACAGCCGAUAUCACCUUAGGAAACCCUGUAUCCAAAAUUACUGGCUACGCCUCUGACUAGAAACACUACGCAAAUUACUUUUUACUGGGCUGCCUCUGCGGCCCAGUCAUAAAAUGGGCUUUCGGUCGUCUGCGGCGAAAAACGGCCUCCCGGCGGAGGGAAGACACGAGGGUCUGGUACCGAGAAACGAUGUUCUCACAAAUGGUUUCAUAUGAUUUUCUCUUGCACGAACCCUGGCACGGAUACUUUUUGUACCUCGUCUGCACUCCCCCUGAAAAACCCACAAAACGUUGCGAACCUGAAGAAGGCUAUUUUCGUUGUUCGAAGCGAUUCGAUCAUGGUAGUCACUCUAUAAUUUUUUUAUUGUUCGAGUUUAAGUCAGUUAGAUGAUGUUGGCGCUGGGAAACUCAGAGAAAUGCUCGCGUUGCAUUCAAACCGACACGCCGUUCACGGUAGGUUCACACUAAAAGAUGACUGUGAGCGUCAAGUUUGGAACGCCGUGGCCGCUUCGUGAACUCAAAGAGAGAAUUAUCGAUCGAUGUAGUACAUGAGCAAUUAAGAAGCUUAAUUUAUGAGAAAGGUAUUUCACCAGUUGACGUCACUAUGGCUGAAGACUUGAUUGUAAGCCUUCGUAGUCAGUGAAGCGAACAACUCAGUUGCCGAUGAAUGGCAUUACGCACGUCCAUGAGCGAGGGACGUGACCACUUUGCCAUGUUAGAAGACUGGCUUUUCCUUUAGAUAUUUCCUUCUAUUUAAUGUAACACACGCCACUUUGGAGGUCUAAAUUUCGGAUACUGACGAUAAAGAAGACACGGACAAAAAUAGGGACUCUGAGAAUUUCGCACACAAGUUUAAAGCUUCACGGGGACAUCCCAUCCGGGAGCUUCACAGAGAGCGACUUGAGGAAAAUAGGAGCUAUUACUGACAAGGUUUGGUGACUGAGUAGAGCAUACAAGUGUUGCCCACGUCGAGGUUUCAGGGGUUUUGCUUUUGUUUAUAUUUGUAUCUUGCUAAGCUUUUAUCAUUAAAUUUGUACAUGAUCUUGUGAUCACAAUUCUGUGUUUUCGCCCAUUCAGCAAGCACGCUAUAUUGAUGUCAGCAUUAGCGAGUUUCAGAAAUAUGCCUUUGAAAGUUUUCAGCUCUCGUGAUGUUUCUUGAUAUUUCUUUUACCAUUUUAUGGAGAUGUAAACUGAAGUCCCCGCAAAAUGGAAACUUAAAAAAUCGUAUAAUCCAUUUAUCUCGAAACAUAACACACAUGACUUAUACGACCUUUAUUUUUGUAAAGGUGUUUUGAAUACGAACGAACACAGUCAAUGUGAGGGGUAAAAACAGCAUGAAUAUAAAUGAACCAUAGGGUUUUAACUAAUAUAAGGGUCAAUUAUUGUGCACUGAGAUGAAUCGCUUGGAAAGAGAGACUUCGCUUGAAGAUGUGAUCAGAAGUAAACAAAGGCUGAGUGCGUCACGUUCAGUCUUUCUAAUAUCCAAGGAGUCACUGUCAAUAGUGUUUCCGUAUUGUUUAGCUGGCACAAAAACUUCGGACGAGUUAUAAAGCGGCAUAGUUAUCUUCCAUGAAGAAAAGUUCGUCUUGGGUGAGACAAACAGAACUGGAGCGAAUUUUUAACUCGCAUCGGUAUCAGGUAAAAAGUAUGUUAUCGAUCGUUUAUCUAUUUACAUUGUCUGAAGUGCGUGCUGGUGAACGCAACAUGCGAGCGAGAAAUCUUUAAACUUUUUUAGGUCUCAAAAUGCAAAGGAUUUUAUUCCUUUAAGUUAGAGAAAAAUACCAUGACGAAAAUCUUAUAACUGAAUAUUUUUCAUCUUUUUCUUGUAGACUGUGGACCGCAAAUUAGGAUCGCACUUUUUACAAACAUGCGAAUUCUGAAGUUCGGAAGCCAACCGACGAUUGCGUUUUUCGCUGCUGUCAAUCAUCUUAACGGACCUCUUAGGAAACAAAACUUUACUUCACGGGUUCAAAAGUAUGGUCGGCCAUUCGUUUCAAAAUUAUGACACGAUAUACGUGCGGUUUUUUCCCACGUAUACUUGCAAUCAUUCCUGCUACACGAUAUACGUGCGUUUUUUUGUCACGUAUACUUGCGUUUUAUUCCCAAGUAUAUGACCAUUUUCUUACAAACGCGCAUAUAUAUGCGCACAAAAAAGCCCAUUUGUAUGCGUUACAAACAAGCAUGUGGUAUGUGGGGUCACAGAAAGUCGUCGUAUAAGAGGCACCGAAUUAUACCGUCAGGAAAAAACCCCUUCAUGUACGAUGGAGCUGAAAAGUAACUUCAGUUUGAAUCAAGCAUGGCCGCAAUGGCCGCGUUAAUUUCGAGCAAGAUUUGGUUCCUAAUCAUUGCCCUCACAUGAGUGGUGGUCGUUGGCUCCCCGACAACGGAUUUGUUGGAAUCCGUGGAUUGUCUCUUGAGAGACUGUGUACGCUAUUUCACAAAUGCUGACCGAAACAACGAUCGAUUCAGUUAGAAAUUUUGUCCGACAGGCAAAACACGACUCAUAAGCACUUGAUAAUGCGAAACAUGACCUUGAGAGUCUGCUUGAACAGAUUGGUUUUUCUUCUUUUCUCUCUCGCGUGCGAAUUAUCACCUUUUCGCCUCCACGAACACGUUCUAAGCCUCCCAGUCUCGAAGCUUUUUAUCAUUUCCCUGGUAUUCUCACUGACUUUAAUAGCCUUCCACCUGCCUCCUUAGUGCUCCUCCACUUUAAUUGUGAUUUUCAUGCUUAUCUAACUCGUUCUCGUUCAACUUGCACAAAAUGUCCCUCAGGUAUCAAUUUGCUAUUAGUUCUCAAGCCCCGAUUAUUUGGCCAAGGAUAUCCCACUGAUAUACCCUUCACGGUGUCCGUAACAGCCUUACCACCACUGACUUUAAAUAGAAACUAAAACUUUACUUUUUAAGCCUGGAUUGAAUUAUUGCAGGAUUAUCAUAGUUUAUUGUUCGUUUAUUUGUCAUUAGUACUUCUACUUUUACCUCUGCUAUAGGACUGCUUGCGUUACUUAAUUUAAGUUUUGUAUCAGUUGUUUUAGUUUUGAAAUUUAGCCUUCAGUGGCUUCAAUUCUACGUAAAAUAAUUUCUGUCAUUUUGACCACAGGUCGUAUAAGCCCCCGGCUUUGGCUUUACUGAGUUUUGUACUAUAUGAAUGAUGGAAUAAUUAAGUUAAAGUUAAAGUUACUAGCACUACAGAGAAUUACAUGCAUACUGAGUAAUCAUCUCCUGUGGUUUAUGGUUCUUUAGGUGUUCCUGAUAGGAGUUGACCUCAGAUGCAGUUGUAAUAAAGUGUUUUAAUUUUCUUUGAACUCUGUUUAAACCUAAAGCUUUAUAAUUUAGUAUUAUGGCUAAAUAAAGGUUUUAGUUUCUAUGGUUUUCUCAAUAAAUCCUGGAUCUACGGAAUAACUACAUGCAUGCAUGUAAGUUUCUUUGUCCAGGAAUGUGAUUAUUUCUUGCUAUGCCAGGGGAGAGGGUACUCCCUAUGAUGGCCUAUACGGGGAGGCUCCGCCCCGAGGUCCAACCCCUUACCCCUCGAGAGAGCGUUCUACAUUUGUGACUGAUUCCUAUUUUAUGACAGUGUGGGUUUCCAGCAGUUAAAAAGGAUACAAAGUUCUAAGCAAGAUAUGUGAAAGAAAUACCAUUUGUCAAUAGAAGGUAUACGAAAUCGUGAAAAAUGGUAUAUAAGAGGUUAAGGGGUGGGCCUCCGCCGUAUAAAAAUUUGUUGAGAAUACCAGAGAAAUGAUAAAAAGCUUCGAGACUGGGAGGCUUAGAACGUGUUCGUGGAGGCGAAAAGGUGAUAAUUCGCACGCGAGAGAGAAAAGAAGAAAAACCAAUCUGUUCAAGCAGACUCUCAAGGUCAUGUUUCGCAUUAUCAAGUGCUUAUGAGUCGUGUUUUGCCUGUCGGACAAAAUUUCUAACUGAAUCGAUCGUUGUUUCGGUCAGCAUUUGUGAAAUAGCGUACACAGUCUCUCAAGAGACAAUCCACGGAUUCCAACAAAUCCGUUGUCGGGGAGCCAACGACCACCACUCCUGUGAGGGCAAUGAUUAGGAACCAAAUCUUGCUCGAAAUUAACGCGGCCAUUGCGGCCAUGCUUGAUUCAAACUGAAGUUACUUUUCAGCUCCAUCGUACAUGAAGGGGUUUUUUCCUGACGGUAUAAUUCGGUGCCUCUUAUACGACGACUUUCUGUGACCCCAUAUACCAUUAUGCUUGUUUGUAACGCAUAUAUAUGAACUUUUUUGUGCGCAUAUAUAUGCGCGUUUGUAAGAAAAUGGUCAUAUACUUGGGAAUAAAACGCAAGAAUACGUGACAAAAAAAACGCACGUAUAUCCUGUAGCAGGAAUGAUUGCAAGUAUACGUGGGAAAAAACCGCACGUAUAUCGUGUCAUAAUUUUGAAACAAAUGGCCGACCCCACAAAAGGUCAUGGUUUGUGAUUUGUAGAUUUCGAUCCGUUUUGUGUGUUUCUCUGUUUCAAGGUUCGUUGCUUGUGAUCGUAAUUAUGAUUGACGGCAGCGAUAAACACAAUUGUGAAGGUGGUUCGCAUGUUUGUGAAAAGCGCAGUAAAGUCUCCGCGCAGUCAGUGAGGCCCCUAGAUCAGGCGGGAUCAAUGGGCAGUUAACUGUCUGUUUUAGUAUACUUCUGGUUUUCAUACAAUACAAUAUUUCUGUCUAGUGUAAAUCAGCUCAAUCUGUCGCAUUUUAUGCUCCUAGAACGACAACGAUUUUUGGAAUUUCCAGUUACGUCAAAUUAGUCACGUUAUACUGUCACGCUGUAUUUUGGGGCACAGAGGGAUUGGGGGAGGGGUGCGUGGAAAUAAUGCAAAUUGUUUCCUGCUCAGAAUUAAUGGCUAACUUGUUUAUUUUUAUUCAUAAUGGUGGAAUUUAAAAGUUAUUAUACAGCCCCCACUUAAAAAUGGUACUCUUUUUUUUUGGUUACGAAAGUCUUUCAAAAGGGUACAAUGUUCUGAAUGAGUUUAUGUUUCAGUCUCACAUGAGGUUCUGUCGCAUGCAAUGGUUGCCGACAAGGUUUUAUGGUAGCCUAAGUUUGUAUAGCCGCCCCCUCCCUUCAGAAAAAAUAGCCCCUUUGCAGCCCAGUUAAAAAUCGCCCUUCGGCGAUUCUUGUUGAUAUUUUGAACUCAGAUGAUGACUAUAUUGAUCAUGAUAUACCCAACCCUAAUUAAAUGAAAUAGUUAAAUUAGCCAAAAAUGUCAAAAAAUAGAUUCUUGCGCGUGAUUCGCUUCUACUUUUACAAUUUGUUAUUUGUUUAUUUUUUUCUUCUUUAUCGUAUUAUCUAUUCCUCAUCUAUAUUACGAUUUUGAAUUCAUUUAUUAGUAAACUUUCCUUAAUUAGCCUUAUUCUUAAUUUCAUUAUUUACGCACCGUUCCGCCUCGAACAGCCUUGCUAGCUGCGAGCAGUGCUUCUGUAAUGGUAUCUGUUUAUUAAUAAAGAUUGUUGUUGUUGCUGCAUGUUGUUCGACUAGCUCUGAAGCGAAGAGACUGCUUGCAGUUCUGGGAAGUUCCGCUUUUAUGUUUGUCUAAAUUUGCAUAUUAAAAUUAAUCCUAGGUUAAACGUCGAACUUUUCAUGAGACUAACCAAACUUUUAGUGAGUUCACUAGACAUUGAAAGUUCCGUCGACGUCUGGUUCAAUUAGGUUCGUUUUGAGUUAAAGAGAAUCGUCUCCAGGACAAACGUCGAUCUUCACAUGCGACGAACUAAACUAAUAAAUUGAAAGAUUGUAUGAGAAUGCAUAUUUAGCCUUUUUGUCUGAUUCAGUUGAUUGGUUCGACGCGUAAAGUUCGACGUCUAGAUCUGACCCAGCAGACGAUAUUAACCUAAUUUAGGUCGACCCAAAUUAGAGUUUGUUCGUCUCAUGAAAAGUUCGACGUUUGGACUAGGCCUUAUUUCCAUUAGAAAGACAUACAGUACGUAACGGUAGGUAUUCUGAUCGUAUGGAACCGUCCGCCCUCUUUACGCGUCAAGGUGAUUGUUUGACAAGCCACAUUAGACCUUUGCAGAGAUUGACGUACCAACCAAUCGUUACUGGCAAUUGAACUGCACACUGAAUGAAUGAAUGAAUGAAUGAAUGAAUGAAUGAAUGAAUGAAUACCUUUAUUUAGUAUAUACUAAAACAGUGGAUAGUGUUCUGAUUGGCUAGUCAAUCAGUGAAUUACCUGCACUAUUCACCGAUUCACCUCCAGUUCCUCCGAGCGAGCGGCGCCAAACUCGCGUAAGUUGCGAGCAAAAUGCCUUGCCGGUUUGCUGCCGUAACAAACAAAGAAAUUUCACUACCUAUCAUGCAAGCUGUUCCCGGAAUACACAAAGAGGUGACGAAGUUCGGUUUAGAAGUUUUAACAGGUAAAGCUUUGUCUUUUUUACUUGAAUUUAUCGAUGAAACCGGUGAAAAAGUUUUUUGUUUACAAAUGCAAAUUAAGCUAAAGUCUUGCGUUACUUUAUUUAGUUUGACUUGUUCAUAAAUAAGCUUAAAACUUAAUUUAAUAGUAUUAUUUUUUACCGAAUUAUUUUAAAUACAAAAAGAAUUCUAAACUCCUUUUGAAGAAAUUUCCCCACAAGAACUAAACAAAUAUAUAUGCCUUCAAAAGUUUUAUUUGUCGGCAAGAAAAAGCGACCCCCGAGGCCGUUCGGUCAUUGCGCGCCAAAAUUGUAAUCGUUGGUAACAGUAAAUGAGUUUCAAAUCAUCAUUUUCGUGUGCAAUUAUCUCACUGUUUUAGUAUAUACUAAAUAAAUUAUUCACCUCAGUGUCGGUGGCUAGUUGUGGAAAAAUUAAGCUCGCCGCUUUGCAACCUCGGUAAAUACCCGAGGGUGAAACGGUAAACUUGUCGCCCUCCCCUAAACUAUAUAAACCUAAUUAACAAAUAUUAAAAAGAGUAGAAGCAGUAAAAAAAAUGGUAAAUUGACACUGGUACCACCGAUUUUAGUGCGUAGCCUACUUCCAGUUACAAACAUAGACUUUGUCUUCAUUCUCGGUAUUCGACUUGAAACGGUUCAGUUCUAGACCAGUUCUCGAGUUCACCGGCGCUCUCACAGAUCUUAGAACAUAGUCCAGAAGUAUCUUUGUAUGGCGAGGACAAACUUAAAGUCGUAUCAUCUGCGAAGAUAUCAACUGUGGUUGGUUGCGACACUCCCUUGGGAAGGUCGUUUGUAAACACCAGGAAAAGUAGUGGAGAGAGUACGGACACCUGUGGUAUUCCGCGAGAGAGAGUCUGGGACGAAGAUUGUGCACUUCCGCGGAUAACCGUGCGCUGCGGCUAUGAAGGAAGGAGCGCAUAAGACCCAAGCUGCAUUCAUCAAGACCAUAGAUACGCAGCUCUUCAAUCAGGAUGUCGUGGCUUACCAGAUCGAAUGCUUUUUGGAAGUCGGCCAGAACUAAGCUAAUAAGAACAUAAUUGAAGAGCAUACGAACAAAGAUGUUAGUUAGGGCAGUCUUAGGGCCGUUUCCGUUGAGUGAUACUUCCUGAAGGCAGACUGCAGCUGAUAUAGAAAGCCUUUGUCCCUGAAAAAGGUAUAUCACGUCUUAUUUUUUCCUCGCAGAUCAAAUGAGAGCAAAGCUUAUCCACUGGUUUUGGGAGAUGACGCUUUUGACAUUUACUGCAAAAUGACCCCGUUCCAUACUGGAAAUGACGCAUGCGGAGGUGGAGGAUGGACGCUGGUCAUGAAGAUCAAUGGAACAAAGGUAUACCCAUUCCAACAUAGCCCACUGGCUAUUUUUUACAUUGUCGGUGAUCAUGUAGUCAAAAAGAUGAAAGUUUAAUUAAUAACAGUUUAGUGAUUGUAUCAAAGGCCUAAUAAGAUUGGUAUCUGAAAUAUUUAAGAGUUUUUGGAGGGUCACAAUAGGGAGCUUAAGCAGCGACGUUUUUGAGCGACGCACGUCAACCGGAAGUGAGGUAUUUUCCCUCUUAACAUGCCUUGAUGAUAUAAAAUUUGUAUUCCUUAGCUUCUUUACUGUUAUAGAGGCGAUUUGACUGAAAAUUUGCGCGAAACCACCGUCAAAAAAUGAAAAAAACCCACUUCCGGUUGACGUGCGUCGCUCAAAAACGUUGUUGCUUAAGCUCCCUAUUAUUGAGGUUUAAGGGCCAACCGUGAUUUACGUUAUCCCAGGUGAUUAGCCGUCAAACUUGUUGUCAGUUGUACUCUAUAUAUACCUAUUAGUAAGUCUAAUUUGCCCUCAUUUAAGGCCACAAUACCAUGUAAGAUAUUUUCCCAGAUACAUAGGCCCCUUACCAUUGAUUCUUCGUUUUCCAUUUGAGUAUAAUGCUUGGUAACUGAGCAUAAUGAUCCUUGAUUCCAGCUAGAGUAUACGAUUUUACCUAUCUGUUGGGAAAUUAUGUCGAAGAGUUUGAGUAAUUGUCUCUGGAAGGACUUAACCGCCGGAGCUUUGUUAGUUUAAAAGACUGUUUUAACUAUUGUUUAAUUUAUAGUACGUUUGUGAAACUUGAAAAGCAAGAAUAUAAAAUGGAUCCAGAUGGUGAAAUCCAAUAAAUUAUCAAUAGUUAUUAUGGGGGAAUCACUUCAGUGAAGUGACAUUUAAAGGGGGAGGGGGGGGGGGGGGCGGUCGGCUGAAUUUUACCGUGUUUAGCCCCAAAACCUCCGAUCCCCACAGGCGAUAAAUAAUGACCAUUCCCGAACUAAAUUACGUUUGUCAAACGUUUUUGUGUCACGAUCAUAGAUGCUAUGUGUUUAUACCGGGGAGAGGGGGGGAUUCCUUAAAAGAGGGUAACGGGGAUGUGCCGCUCGAUGGGGUCGCAUUUUUACGACUGGAUUGACUAUAGUGGGGUCACAUUUUCAAUAGAGAUACUGGAAUGGGGUCGCACAUUUUCGGAUUUUUGGGGAACUAAAGUUCUUUAUUUUUACGGUAAGCAAACGUACUAGGAUGUUUGUACUGUAAGUGAAAAGUAAAGUGUUCUUCAUUCAAUUUAAAAAAUGGGUCAAUUCAUUUUACAGGAAGUGACCAAGUUAGGAUCGCAAAAAUUACAUAUUUGCCCAAAAGUGAUUAAGAUGGGUCUAUGAUUGGCCACAGAAUAGACUAUACUGGGGUAGGGGCUCUGAGAGGCCAGCGGCCCAUAAUUGACCUAAGAACCGCCCCCCACCCCCCUCUUGAGUGUUUAUAUACAUAGAGGAAUUACCCUAAACAUCUCAGUAAUCUAUAUGAGCUGCAGUUUGUUUACUAACCUUUAACAUUUUAUUUAGAAGAAGUAACUUUUCAUUAUGACAAGACUAUCUGUAACGGUCACUUUAGACCACUUUUGAAAAUGUUUGAUGAAUAGUAUAGGAAACGUUUAGUUUAUAUCAAAAUUGCGAAAGCUCACAAUAUUUAUCACCGCUGUUUGUGUUUUAUUUCUGAUAAAACUACGAUUGUCCAAGAACAAAAGUCUCUCUCUUACCAACCUUAUGUUUUAUAUUAUUUUUUUCGUGGAUUUCUAAACUAAAAGACACAACCAUUAGUGCGGUCAUUCCAUGUCUUAACACACUUUAUAGCAUGCGCCAAUUUUUUUUUUAGGACGAAGAAGAAAUCUCUAGGACGCUCGAGGGAAGAAUGGAGAGAAGGCCUCCUCUCCUCUUUUCGUGUUUCCCUCGCGUGGCCUUAAAUAAGAUAGUUAUCCGCGCCUGCUACAAAGGCUACACACCUUCAAGAUAAUUUAUGUAAGAAACCUAAAAUAAUAAUUAAAGAUGUCUAAACAUGACUUGUUUGGACAAAUCAAAAUGUCUCCGUCAAUGUUUUACUACGUGAUUGUCACAGCGAAAUUAAUAUACUGGAUUUUUAACCAGGUCCUAAGGUCAACUUUCACACGGCACCGGAUGAAUUUUCGACCCGUUGCCGGAAAAUUUAUACGUUUAGGUGUUCCAUUCACACGGAAUUGGGUACCUUAAAUGUACGAAAAUUUUGACGCCUAGCAAAGCCAAGUUCUGUCUAAACGGAGCAAAAAUAUUGAACGGUUCCUUGUGAACAAAGUGUCGAGGUCAAUUUUUUUUCAGCCGGAUGAAAAUUCGUCCGGUGCCAUUUGAACGCAGGCUUAAGCUAUGUUCACACUAUAAUAGAUAAUGAUAAUAGACGCUGAUAUAGCGCGGUAUCCACUAAUUUCUCAAAGGGCUGUACAAUAAUAUGGUAAGAAACUAGAGUCAAAAACUAUUAUAAGAUAAAAUAAAAAUUAAAUAAAACAACUAAAAUCAAACAUCGUAGGCUAAUUUAAAUAAGUAUGUCUUCAACUGCGUCCUGAACUGGUCGAUAGAUGUAACACCCCUGAGUUCAGGAUGUAAUUGGUUCCAUAACCUAGGAGCAGCUGCGGAAAAAGCCCUAUCACCAUACGUCUUUAACCUAGUCCUAGGCACGGCUAGAAAAUUCUGGGAACUAGAACGAGGUAAUUGUGGACCAUUAGUGUAACGUAAAAGUUCGGAUAGGUAAGAUGGUGCCAAGCCAUUUAGACAUUUUUAAACUAAGAGUAAAAUUUUAAAAUGUGUACGAUAAUUUAGCUGUAACCAAUGAAGUUUGAACAGGAUAGGAGUGAUAUGGUCAAACCGCUUAGAUAAUGUAACAAUGCGUGCAGUAGUGUUUUGUAUCAGUUUUAACCUGUUUAACAGGUGUUUAGGAAGACCAUAUGACAAAGAGUUACAGUUAUCGAGUUUAGAGCUAAUAAACGCAUGUACUAAAAUUUGAGAGGUAUCUUCACUUAAGUACUUCCUGAACUUAGCUAUGUUCCUUAAAUGAUACUGACUAUACUGCAACCUCGUCCCCAGGGCGCUUUUCCCUGGCUUUGGAGGUGAGGGAAAAGCGCCCUGGGGACGAGGCUGACUAUACUGGAUAUCUUUUGCUAGACGACGAAACUGUCAGACCGUAUAGGGCUUCUGUCCACACACACGAACGGGUGUGGCGGCGCGAUUUCUGUAACGAAGGGAAGCUGCGCCGGGCCAGUCUCUAAAGUGGAGUGUCACAUAUCGGAUAGGUUUUGUGCCAUACUGUGGUGCUGUGUUAUCACCUAUUCGGCCCCUCGCAGAAGUAAAUAAGUAGGAGCGAGACCUGGAACCCACUGAGAGGGAGAUAAAUAUUCAGGAGGGAGUGAGCACUGAAAUUUCGCCAACAAACAUUCUUGGCCAACCGCGCCGGCACGAUGUUCAAUCGCGAUGUUUGUAAACGACUUUUGCCGACCCGGGCCGUUGCUGUUCAUACAGUUCCGUUGCUUAGCCCAUAGGCCUCAUUAUUACGCGUGGCCAAUACGUUUUGGGUCACGUGUUCCUAGCGAAGAAGUAAGGGCGUUUUCCUUCCCCUCCCCCUCGUCGCUUUGCCCUCGGAUACGUCACCGAAGUGAAUUGACCGAGAAGGCCUGGGACAAAGGCGUACUGGCUGGGACUUGGCAAAGUAUACUGGAUCGUGGCCCCACGAAAAGCCUAAAUCUAUCGUUUUUUCACCUCCGCUGUAGUAUCUUCGUAAGGUCUCUACUUAUUUUUCGAAACGGCGACGGCAACAGAAACGGAAAUUUAAAACAAACUUAAGCAAAACAAAACAAUAGCUUUGGUAAGCAAGACAACACUACACCUGCAUCGCGCUUUCUGCUUACUACGACGUAAUGAUGAAAUUUUAAGUUUCCUCAAACACGUGAAGGGCAAGGCGAUAACUUUUGCAGUCUGUAAAGCUCGUACGUGGUUCCCGUUUCCAGCUCCAACUUAAUUUCCUAAAUUUUAGUUCUUGCGAACGACUUUUGGCAUAAUAGAGAGAAAGUUUGAAAUGACGCGAAAUCAGUUAUCAGAAACGUUUAUAUUGGUGAGACGUCACAUUAACACUCAGUCCCUACCUCAGUCCCACAGUGAGAAUAUGAAAGUUAGAAUAGAGCAUUAACUUUGUAACUUUGAAGGGUCUUGAAAGCAUCGUCAUGUCAGGGUGUCCUUAAUUGCCUUCAAAACUGAUACGGCUAUUUUCUUUCGAUCUUAUAGUUAAUUCGUUCAGUAAACAGUCGGGGUUAAAAAAUUUAAAGCUAUUCAAAAUAUUUCCCCAAUUCCGAUUGGCUAAAAGCACACGUUUAAUUCACCAUAACCAGUUACUGAUGACCAAAUUUGGAAGAAUUUUGACUUUAACGAGGAAAUGACGUCAAAAAUGCAGCGUUUUUCGCAGGUUAAGGCACCGUUAACCGAGAAGACCUGGGGACGAGGUUGAGUUGUUUUGGUUGUGAACUUAAAAAAAUGGCGGACAUUUCACUCGUUUUUCAAGAGAAAGAACUAGGCGAAAAAAUAGCUAAAAACACGGCAGGAACAGCAAGAAGACAACUCGAAGGGCGACAUCUGCUAUUUGGAGAAUAUUGGCGGGGCUGGACAAACCUAAACGUACACUAUCGAAGAUGAAUUGAACAUCGAUGGAUCGAUGGAGGUAAGCAUGUUUUAGCUAUGUUUUUAAACUUGGAAUUAUUUUGAAUGAAUAAUAAAACAGUUAUUGAAUUCGGCUUUCGUAUCAUAUGAAGAAUUAUGGAGAUCUCGGAGGGUGUUAACACCCUCCUCGAUCUCCAUAAUUCUUCAUAAGCUACUCAGCCUCAUUCAUUAACUGUUAAAUAUCAGAUGCUUUUCUCUACAAAGCAAUAUUGUUGCUCAAUUUACUUUAGGCGCUCAUAUUCUGCAUAGUUGUGGCUAAACAAAACUUUAACGUUAUAUAUAACUAACUCUUUCGGAAUUAUAACAAGGAGCUUGAAAAGCUAGCAUUUAAAUGUAUUCAUUUUCCGGGUGAGGUUCUCCCGUAAAUUUCGGAUAGAAGUGUACCACUCAGGAACUCAAACCAUGACCCUAGUUAUAGAUGAGACAAACGAAACUUGACUCCCUAUCCUUAUCAUAAGGACCAAGGUUGGUUGGCCGCAUCUUGGAUAUGCUUUAAGGUGACAGCGCGAUGCUGUUAGUGAGUUCUUCACUUCUUGUGUGCCUAUCAUUACUUGGCUGUGUAGCCGCGUGAUGCGGUUCCAGUCGAGACCCACAAAUUGGCCCUUGCUCACCAUAGAGUCUCCAGUAGCUCAAGUGGUUAGAGCAUCCGACUAGAUCACGGAGGGUCGUGGGUUCAAAGGAAAACAAAAACUAAAAAUUCAAUUGUAACAAACAAACCUUGACUAAGUCGCUUUCCCAAUACUCGAAGAAGGUAAAGUUCAAUUCUAAUGUAUGAUUUUUUUUUUGUUUAGCUGGGCAUUAACGCACUAGAAUUUUAGCUGAUAUAAUAACGGCACAUUAUCUCAGGAUCACACCGGGAACAUAACGCCAACAAAAAAGGGCAAAACUGGUACCCGCUCUCAAAAUCCCUACCCUAUUGCGAAAUUGCAUAUCUUCAUAAAAAUCACAAUUUGUUUAAGAAUAAGAAAAAAAAAGAGAGCUUUCGAUAAGUUACCUAAGAAUUUAAUAAGAAAAAAAAAACUAAUGGCUGAAGUGAAACCUAAGAAAUCUUCUUUUAUUGAUAUGGGUAAAUUAUUAAUAAGAACCACACCUGAAAAUCUAAAUGGUUUUUUUCCUAACGAAAACUUCGGUAGAUGAAUGUCGUUCCUUUGUCUUGUCUUUUUAAAGUGUAAAUAGUGCGAUUUCUAACAAAAUAAUCCAAUGAAUAUGGAGGAACUAAUUCAUUUAGUACAUUUAAAAACUAAGAUACAUUUGUUGGCUUUCCUUUGUGUUUCCCGAAUCCACCCACCCUAACAUUUUGAAAGAUUCUUCGAUCGUUGCCCUCCUUUGUAUUAUGUGCGAUGCUGCCCUGUUUUGACAGCCCACCCCAUACCGUAACAGUGUAAUCAAAAAUCGGCUGUACUAAACAAUUGUGCACGCAUUUAGCAGCUUUUAGGGUAAGGUGAGGUCGUAUGCGGGACAGUAGGUCAAGACGCUUGCUCACUUUGUUACAAAUCAAAUCUACGUGCUCGUUCCAUGAGAGAUUCCCAUAGAGUGUAACCCCUACAUGCAAGUAACAAAAACUCGAUACCCCGUCAAUUUCUUUCCAGCGAAGUUGUAUUCAAUGGUCUGAACAGUGUUCUAGAUUCUGCCUAGUACCAAACACGAUCCAUUUAGUCUUACUCUGACUGAGUACGAGCCUGUUGCUUGCUAACCAUUGUUCAACAUUGUUUAGAUCGUUUUGCAGAACCUGCUUGAUGAUUUCUGCGCUGAAGUCAGAGAAGUAGAUAACCGAAGCGUCAAUACAUGCCUAUUGAUGUCGUGAGCAAACUUUGCGGGAGAUCAUUGAUGUAUAUGACAAAGAGUAUCGGGCUCAGUAUGGAUCCUAGGGGGACCCUAUAACCAAUACCUAGAUUGGAUGACACGUUUUGGUUAUAUUUGACCUUCUGAGUUCGAGUAGUAAGAUAGUCUUCAAACCAUUUCAGACUCUCUAAUUCCAUAAUGUUCCCUAGUUUAUGCAGCAGACAAUGGUCGUCAACGAGAUCAAACGCUUUUUUUAGAAUUAGGAAAGUGCACCCGGUAAUCCUCUGUUUAUCCAUUUGUUCUAAGAUGUGAUCAACAAAAUGUACAGUGGCAGUUUCGGGGGAAUAUUUCUUCCGGAAUCCUGAUUGAUGCACCGACAAGAAAUUGUUUUUUGUAAGAAAUGCCACCAGCUGUGAUUGCAUGAUGACCUGCAAGCCUUAGAAACGUGCACGACGGUCAUCUGAAUUGACCGAUUGCGCAAUAUAAAACAAAGGAAGUGUCGACAACAUAGUGCAGGACCGAAGGUCGGGAACCAUGAGAAACCCCUGGAACUUAUUACUCGCACGUCAUCUCGCUAAUUCAUAUGACAUUUUAUUCCGACAGGAGCAAUUAACAAAUCAAAAUAUGCUUUUGUCCCAAAACGAUAACCGGAACCUCCGUAAAGACAUCAUCGAUUUUUUUUGAAAAAGAGAGCAAAUUCAGAACACUCGGCCACUUUACUUAAAUUUAUUUACAUUGUGUGGGCCGCGCCGAAACGUUUCUUUGUAACUACCACGUAAAACUAAAGUUUCCAGGUGAUUAAAAGCAAAAGGACUCGCGCUAGGAGAACGCGAGACCACAAAAAUAUUGUUUUUGAAAUGUAACCGCAUUAGAAGAGAUACUCCAUGAACGGAUCGCAACAGUAUCAAAAGAAAAAGAAAAGCCUUCUGCUGAAUGAACGGUUAAUUUUACGUACUGCGCUUUCCAGAUUCCAGGACGUACUAAAAGUGCCGGAAAUGGGAUUUUGCUACUCGUGUUUUAUUUGUAACGAGGAAACAAAUCUUUUACUAGUAAAUGCCGAAAAAUGUAACUGGCGGAGGGUCUCUUACAAGAAAAUAUCCUGUUAAAAACACUGUAAGACACACAUAUAGCUUUUGUAGCUUGUAAACCCCUUAAUUUUCCAGCUAUUGGGCAAGUGAUUUCAUAAUAUCUUGGUUUCUAACUCGCAGAAUCACGGGCAUGCCACCUUGUGUUUCUGCUGUAUGAUAAAACUCGCACUUAGGAGUUUAGAACACUAUGGCAUUACAAUAAAACUCGCUUACUCAAGCUAAAAAAUAUUAACCUUUAAAUUUCCACUUGGUGGGCCACUGAUUUCAAAAUGCCGUGGUGUCUAAACUCACAGAAUCACGGGCGUGCCACCUAGUGUUUCUGCUGCAUGAUAAAACUCGCACUUAGGAGUUUAGAAAACCAUGGAAUUACAAUAAAACUCGCUUACUCAAGCUAAAUCGUGUUAACCUUAAAAUUUCCACUUGGAGCGCAAGUGAUUUCAUAAUGCCUUGGUAUCUAAACUUACAGAAUCGCGUACGCGCCACCUAGUGUUUUUGUUGUUUUAAAAAUCGCACUUAGGAGUUUAGAACACCAUGGCAUUACAAUACAACUCGCUUACUCAAGCUAAAACAUAUUAACCUUUAAAUUUCCACUUGGAGUGCAAUUGAUUUCAUAAUACCGUGGUGUCUAAAAUCACAGAAUCACGGGCGUGCCACCUAGUGUUUCUGCUGCAUGAUAAAACUCGCACUUAGGAGUUUAGAACACCAUGGCAUUUCAAUAAAACUCGCUUACUCAAGUUAACCUUUAAAUUUCCUCUUGGAGAGCAAGUGAUUUCAUAAUGCCGUGGUGCCUAAACUCACAGCAUCACGUGCGCGCCACAUAGUGUUUCUGUUGCUUUAAAAAUCUCACUUAGGAGUUUAGAACACCAUGGCAUUAAAAUAAAACUCGCUUACUCAAGCUAAAACGUAUAAAGCUUUAAAUUUCCACUUGGUGGGCCACUGAUUUCAUAAUGCCGUGGUGUCUAAACUCACAGAAUCACUUGCGCGCCACCUAGUGUUUCUGUUGCUUUAAAAAUCGCACUUAGGAGUUUAGUACACCAUGGCAUUACAAUAAAACUCGCUUACUCAAGCUAAAACAUAUUAGACAUAUUAACCCUUAAUUUUCUUCUAUGUGCAAGUGAUUUCAUAAUACCGUGGUGUCUAACUCACAGAAUCACGGGCGUGCCACCUAGUGUUUCUGUUGCAUGAUAAAACUCGCACUCAGAAGUUUAGAACACCAUGGCAUUACAAUAAAACUCGCUUACUCAAGCUAAAACAUAUUAACCUUUAAAUUUCUACUUGGUGCGCAGGUGAUUUCAUAAUGCCGUGGUGUCUAAACUCACAGAAUCACGGGCUUGCCUCUUAGUGUUUCUGUUGCUUUGCUUCUUUCUGUUUGCUUUUUGGCGGGAUGGCGAUUUCACUAUACGACCGAAUCCAUUUGAUCGCUUGGUCUCUGUGUUUUCUGCCUCUAUGAUGACAUCUUCAUCUACUAACAAUAGUAUUUCCUCAACCCGUCGUUAUUAAGUAACGGCUAUUUUUUAUGUGACCCGUUUGCACACGCUUUACAUCAUUAACAGCAGAUCAUGCAUAAUAGUCACCAAGCAAAUGCAGUCGGAUGAGAAACGUUUUCAACAUCAAAAUGCCUACCAGACUACCGAUGAAUAUUACCACUUACACGUUUAUCGUAAUAUCGUUAGGCUUAGAAACAUUUUGAAGGCAUAGGAAGACCGUCUUCUUCACGUAAUGUCAUAAAUCUACAGACGCACACACCGUCCUUUACUUUCAUCUCAAGAGUGCAAUGCUGGCUUUACAUGUAUUCGAUCAGGGGUCAAAUCACAAUGUCACACUACUUCCUUAUAAAGAAAAAGUCAAUUAUUAUUUCCAUUGUUGUGGUUAAAUUUUUAACUAUAGUGCUUGAAUGUACAAGAUUCCAUCAGAGAGAUGCCAUAAAAAUACGAACACAACGCACAAGCGCGUGCGUGAUAUGUGAUUCACUGCGGAAACUGCAGUUUAGCAAGUUCACGCCAAAGAAAUUCGUUGAAUCUGCCCACACAAAGCGUCGGAGAUCAAUGAUUGCAAUUGCUUUGGCAUCCAUUUUUCCUUUACAAUGAGUCAUGCUGUGUGUUCACGGACUGCGGGUUUUACAUAAUAAACAUUUUGAAUCAACGCUUUUAUCUAGCAACAUUCGCCCGAUUCUAUUUGAGUUCUGCGAACUUCAAUACUUACAUUCAAUACCAUAUGGAACUACGCUACGACAGAACCUUGGCUUGAACUCCGCGUUACCGUUCAAAGAUAGCGACACGACCUGAGACUCAAAUUACUCACACCCGGGGUGGGAGACAGUCUCUUGCUCCCGUUGACAUCAAUACCCGAGAAAGAAAACAAGGGGGGCAAGUGACUGUCUCCCACCCCGAGUGUGAGUAAUUUGAGUCUCAGGUCGUGUCGCUAUCUUUCAACGGUAACGCAGAGUUCAAGCCAAGGUUCUGUCGAUUGCAGAAAUUUACGACCUUUCAGGUGACCUUUGAUUUGCUCUUGGUGCAAAGGCGUCUUGAAGCAAGAUGACGAAUGGAAAGGAGAACUAUCGUGUGUUACCUAGGUGGAAUUUGGAGGCGAUUGGAGCAAUUGGAGCGAAUUUACGGCCGUUUUCCUACGGUGGGUCAAUCUGGCCGCUUCGCUGGAGUGCCCAACCUUGGUAAACCUUUAUAUGGAGGAGGGGGGGCGUAAGGGUUUGCGGUGAUGCGGUUUUGCGUUAUUUUUGGUGCGGUUUUGCGGUAAUUUUUAUUUCAACUCGCGGUAUUGCGGUUUCAAAACACUAAGCGGUUUGCGCUUGGCAUUUGGUUAGUAGUAAAUAGAGUAUAAUAGUGUACAAUAUAUCGUUAGCGUUAUGAUGGUAUGUUUAAUACUAACGCACAAUGUUAUCAGAAUAUAUCACAAGUCUUGCUGACGUCAGCUUUCAUAUUGUGGCCUACAUGUACGCGCGGUUUCCGUAUUCGGGAAAAAAUCCGAUGCGGUUUGCGGUUUUUUGGCGUAUUUCUGUGCGGUUUUGCGGUUUUCGGACCCUCCUUACGCCCCCCUCAUGGUGAGAAAACCGUUUACUUAAAAACCCGCAAAACGGCCAUAAAUCCGCCAGUGGACCACACAGGAGAGACGUAACACACACAUUUUCAGUAAGAUAAGCGGUUUUUUUUUAUUUAGGUAACAGAAACGAUAGUUUUUUCCCAUACAAAUCCUUAUAUUUCGAAUGUUAUGCAACAAUGCCGAUGUUCGCCGAUGCUCAUAUUUCGACCUUGGGCUACCUGUGGUUUCACUACAAUUUAUACCUCUUAUUGAAGCAACAAAGAAGCCUUUAACCUUGACCGAGGGAAGACUAGGUUUGACUCAUAGGAGACCAAACUUCCCUCCUACUGGAACACAUCAUUCUCCAAGAUCUGCCUCGGUAUGAAGAUUGAGAACCUGUUCAAAUUUAUUGCAAUUAACAGGGAUGCCAAUUCCCUGUAUUCCUGA